UAUAAAGUAUAAAGUAGUAUUUGCUGAUCACUUUUGACGUUUUGUCGUAAAUUUGUGACAGAAAUCUACUUACACGAGAACAUAAUGGGUAAUGAAAAUUCGCUACCUAUGGAACUAUGUUCUAAUUUUGAUGUAGAUGAAAUUAGAAGACUAGGAAAACGAUUUCGGAAGUUAGAUUUAGAUAACAGCGGUGCUUUAAGCAUUGAUGAAUUUAUGUCAUUACCAGAGUUACAACAGAAUCCUUUAGUACAACGUGUUAUAGAUAUAUUUGAUGCUGAUGGUAAUGGAGAAGUAGAUUUUAAGGAAUUUAUUCAUGGUGUUUCACAAUUCAGUGUUAAGGGUGACAAAGAAAGCAAAUUACGAUUUGCAUUUAGAAUUUAUGAUGUGGAUAAUGAUGGUUUCAUAAGUAAUGGAGAAUUAUUUCAAGUGUUAAAAACGAUGGUAGGAAAUAAUUUGAAGGAUAUACAACUUCAACAAAUUAUUGAUAAAACAAUAUUGUUUGCCGAUAAAGAUGAAGAUGGCAAAAUUAGUUUUGAGGAAUUUUGUUCUGUUGUUGGUAAUACAGACAUCCAUAAGAAGAUGGUGGUUGAUGUUUAAAUUAUCAAAAUAUAUGAAAAAAAAAGAUAUUAAAAACAAAUUUAUGGUAAUAUCAACUUGACUUUAUGAAAUCAUUAUUAACAACAGAUUUAUUGGAUAGUUAUAAGUAACAAAACUGUGUAGUGUGAAAUUAUAAUCAUUACAAAGCUUUCCAUCCAGCCAAUUUAAAUAUAAGUUUGUUACUAUUAAUAAUUUUCUCCACAGUGCAAUGUACAUUAUAAUUUAAUUAACCUCCAACAUUUUUAAAUUUUGCACAUUUAUUAAAUUGUUUUGCUAUUAGAAAAGGUCUUAACACACAUGUACACGUAAUGCGUGCGCACAUAUACAAAGAAAAAAAAGAGAGUUAAAAAUAUCAUAUUUGUGCAAUAACUUUAUUAUUAUUUUAUACGAACUAUGCAUACUCUUCUGCUACUGCUCAAUGUUUUGAGCUUAAUGAAACUUAAUGCGACUGAAAAGAAGAAAAAAUCGGUAAAAUGAAAGAAAACGAGACAAAUCCAGUACAAAGAGAUGCCAUUAUUGAAAAAAUAAACAUAUAGUACAGAAAAUUUUAUUUUCUAAAAAUAGCACCAAUGUGUUGCGGAGUCCUUCCAAAUGAAAUGAGUCUAAACGCCAUAUAAAUCAAACUAUUUUAUUAUGUUAUUAUGUAUCAUUUUAUUGCUUAUAUCAAGUUAAGCUAUACUUAAAAGUAGUUUGAUUUACGCUAUAUUUAGAUUCAUUUUAAUUGUAAAAAUUCCAAAAAUACAUGAGUACCUCUUUUAGAAAGAUAAUAUAAAAAUUAAGAAAAAAUAACAUUUUCUUUAGUGUGUAGUCAUAUUUCAAUGAUGACAUCUUUUUGAAUUGCUAGAUCUCAACCAUUGUUGUUCAUACUAUAUCUUUCUCGCUGCUUCUUGUUAUAUUUUUUUGCUUUCUUUAUUAGAUAAUACUUGAGUCAAUUUCUAAAAAAAAAAUACGCUACCCCGCACGCGAAAAUUGAAUUGUUGGUUCUUAAAUUUGAUUGAAUUUAACUCUGCACUACUGUAUUUCAUAAUUUAUAAUAUUAUUUAAUUAGUGUAUAAACAUUAUAAAGUUAUUGCAGAAAACUUUUGAAAAUGCAGUUAUCAAUAUAUAGAUUGUUUAAAAAAACAUCUUUUGUAUAUUAAAAGCUAAUAAGUGGUGCCUUGGAAAUUGACCGAUGAUCGGGACUGAAUCUCGCCAAAGAUGAAAGGACAACCUUCUGUGAAAUACAGAUGGCUUUUCAAUACAUUUGUUUAUAUAUCUCAGGUUGAUAACAUUGAAGUCUCACUUCAUGAAGAUAAUUUGAAAAAUUUGUAGCAAUAGUGAAUGGCUAAUUUUCAACGCACUACUGUACAUAUCUUUA